UUCUUCGCAGGGAAGUUGUUCCGUUCUUUUAACAGUAUUGUUAUUAUUCGCGGUAAUUAAGAAUAGUGUAACGAGUUUUAUGAACACGAGUACUUGCUUCAAAUAAAUAUCAAAAUGGAUUCCAAUACCGAUACGAGUAUCGGUCAAUUGUUGUUCGAGAAGAUGAAGACACACGACAAUGUUAUAUGCCAGAUUGACGCCGCAACAGGAGAGGAGGAAUCCUAUGCAUCGGUUUUAUCUCGAUCUAUUAAGAUGGCCAGGGCUUUGAGAGCGUUCGGUCUGAAGCCUGGUGACGUACUUGCCCUAGGAGGCAGGAACCAUGUGAAUCUACAUAUUCCGUUUUACGCAGCUCUCUUCAACGGUUUGCCGAUCGUCGGUAUUGAUCCGUUUUUUAAAUAUGACGAAGUUCGCACACUCUUCAAGCUGACUGAACCUAAAAUAGCAUUUUGCCAAAGUGAGUCCUACAAUACAUACUCCGAAGUGGCUAAGGACCUGGGGCUGAAUACGAAGAUAGUAAGCUUCGAUGAAGGGGAACACUGUUCAUUCACGGAAUUCAUUGAUACUUUUGAUAACAAUGAACCCGAGGAAAAAUUUAAGAUUGCAGACUUCGAUGUUGACAAAAUAUACGCGUUCUUGGUCAGUACGAGCGGCACCACCGGAAAGGUAAAGAUAGUCGCAUUCAACCACAAGCCCUUCCUGUUGAAAAUAGUGUGGCUGCUGCGUCAGUACAACUACGACAAACACCCGAAAAAAAUUGUCCUGAAUCUAUCACCCGUGAAUUGGAUAUCGAAUUAUUUUAUGUCCGUGGGCAACGUGAUUAUUGGGGACACAAAGCUACAGACCUCAAUACCCGAUAGCUAUGAGCACAUUAUUGAUAUCAUCAACAAAUAUAGGCCUGUCCAAGGAUUGUUCAGUCCACCGUUCGUUACGUACCUCGUUAGCCAGAAAGACAAAGUCGAUCUCACCUGCUUCAAAAAUAUUGGCAUAGCUGGCUCGAAAAUUUACCCAGGAAUUAUGGUCCAGUUCAAGGAAUUGCUAGCCAAAGAUGCAAUUUGCUUGGAGGCUUACGGUCAGACAGAAAUGAUGGGAUCCGUCUUAGCCCCCAAUCCUACAGGACCAAGUGAGAGCUGCGGAAGACCCCUACCGAUAUACGCAAUCAAGCUGAUCGACCCAAAGACUGGCUUGGAAGUGAAAGAGCCGUACAUUACAGCUGAAUUAUGGGCAAAAGGACCGAGAUUUACGGAAUAUUACAAUGAUCCCGAGGAAACUGCGAAGGCGUUCACGGAAGACGGCUAUUUCAAAACGGGCGAUUUAUUAUACAAAGAUGAAAAUGACAAUUACUUCUACGUGGACCGGCUUAAAGCGCUUAUUAAAUACAGGAACUCUCAUGUAAUACCGAUAGAACUGGAAGAACUAAUAAGUACGCAUCCUGGAGUGAAGCACGUCUGCGUAAUUGGUAUUAGCGAUCCCCUCGACGGCGAGAGACCAGUCGCUUGUGUGGUGAAAGAAAAUGGUAACAAAGUCAGCGCUCAGGAAAUAAAGGAUCUUGUUGCAAGUAAGCUGUCAAAAAAUAAACAAUUGCGCGGCGGAGUUGUUUUCCUCGAGAGUUUACCAUUUACGUCAUCACAAAAAGUUGCCAGAAACAAACUACAGCAGAUGGUUAAAAAUAUGACAAGAGAAUAAUAAUCCUCGUGGAACAGCAGGAGGCAGGAGUGUAUUAAAUUUUAAGAAUCUAAAUAUAGUGGCCGCUAUCUUGAUAUCGUAUAUCAACUAAGUAAAAUGUAAGCCACCUUCGAAUCAUGUUAGGUAACAUGUCAUAGCUUAACGGCCGAAAUAAUAAAAUCUAACUGAGGUUUGCAGUGCGAUUCAGAACCCUUUUAUAGUGGUACGCGUAUCCUAAAUAAAUUUCAUAAUUAUUGUGGUCAGUCGUACAUCACAAUCUGACAUUUAAAACCCGCGUUUGUUCGUGAGUUGCGAGUUUCUUGUUACAGAAUAGCCUUUCUGCAGAAUUCGCUUCGUAUCUCACUCGUGAAAUAUACCAUACCAUAUUCUGAAGUAUCUCGCUCAUGUUCUGUAAUAUAUGUUCGUAUUACGAUUCAUAGCUUCUCACCCCCAGACUAGACUCUAAUUAUGUUCUUGUUAAAUACGAUUAAGUAAGUAAUUACAUUUAUGUCGUUGUUUUUUUGUUUAAUU